AUGGGCAUUGUGCCGGACCUCGUCAGCACGCCCAGGGCUGCUGUGACACAGGCCCUCACUGUGUACGCUCACCUGGGGUCAGUCCCUCCCCCCCCCCCCCCCCCCCCCACCCCGACUCGUGUCAUCCCCAGGGUGGCUCCUGGAAGGGUCUGUAGGCUGUUCUGGGGUCUCUGGGGGUCUCCGUCCAUCCCCCAAUGCCCCCCUUCCUGGGUUCUGCUCCAGGAUUUCCAGUCUCUGCGCUACAUCGACGGCCUCCCCAGCUCCUUCCAGUUCUUCUUGCCGCUGGGGGCAGGGGGGGGCCUGCACCUGCCCCCUGCCGCCUUCCUGCCUCCCAGCAAGGAGAAGCGCCUCCCCCCCGAGCUGCCCCUGCCCAAGCAGCUUGUCUGCCGCUGGUCCAAGUGCAACCAGUUCUUUGACCUCCUGCAAGACCUGGUGGACCAUGUCAAUGACUUCCAUGUCAAACCCGAGAAGGACGCGGGGUACUGCUGCCACUGGGAGGGCUGCGCCCGCCAUGGCCGGGGCUUCAAUGCCAGGUACAAGAUGUUGAUCCACAUCCGGACACACACCAACGAGAAGCCGCAUCGCUGCCCCACCUGCAACAAGAGCUUCUCCCGCCUGGAGAACCUGAAAAUCCACAACCGCUCACACACAGGCGAGAAGCCCUACAUCUGCCCCUAUGAAGGCUGCAACAAGCGUUACUCCAACUCGAGCGACCGCUUCAAGCACACCCGCACCCACUACGUGGAGAAGCCCUACUCCUGCAAGAUGCCAGGCUGCCACAAGCGCUACACUGACCCCAGCUCCCUCCGCAAGCACAUCAAAGCCCACGGUCAUUUUGUCUCCCCUGAGCAUCCGGAGAUGCUCAAGGUCCACCCGCCUCCCAAAACACCCCUGGGCUCAGCGGAGGUGCCCUACGUUAACGGGGCACAGCUCGUGAUCCCCAACCCCGCUGCCCUCUUCGCUCCCCCGGGGCUCCCGGCGUUGCCCAUCCCUUUGGCUCCGGCCCCACUCGACCUCAGUGCCCUGGGCUGCGGGGCUGCCGGUGCACUGCCCGCCCUGCCCGGCCCCGUCCUGCCCCUCAACGGCGGCCCCUUGAACUUGGCCAAGAGCCCGCUGCUGCCCUCGCCCUUUGCGGCAGGGCUGGGGCUGCCUGUGAUGUCGCUGCUGGCCGGCGCGGCCAAGGCUGAGGGGGAGAAGGGCAGCGGGGCUGAGGGGCGGCCACCCAAGGUGAGCAAGGGGGCAGAGAGCUGCAAGGAGAAGUGGGAAAGGACGGAGCCGGGACGGCCGAGGGUGCCCCCUGAGAGCCUGGCUCUGCUGCCUGGGGCCGUUCUCGACCUCUCAGCUGGCGUGGGCUCCGGGGGGAGCCCCGAGGCACUGCCCCCAGGCUGGGUGCUCAUUCCCCCAGGCUCCCUGCUGCUCAAACCUGCCACCGUGAAUUGAGGGGCCUGACGAUGCCCGGGGCCAGCUGACGGCCCCACUGGCAGACCCUGCUCCUUGGGGAUGGGGGCAUUGCCCCCUCCUCCCCACCCCUGCAGUCCGCAAGGGCCUUGUUCAUGCUUUUAACCACCACGAAAGAAGAAUGAACUCUUCUGAGAAAAGCAAUAAUCUCUCAGUAUCCACAGCCGGCUGCGACCCCACACCCCAGGGGCAGCCAUGGGGCAGGCGGGGGUUCGGGGGUCCCCCUGUACCCCUGGCCUGGGCAGCUGGAUACGCCACUAUUUAUUUCUUGACCAGCCCCUGCCCUGGCAGGGUCCUGCUCAGGCUCAUCUGCUGCCGCUGACUCCGCGUUUCUGUGCCCAAGGCCUUGGCACCGCUGGUGCUGUGGAGGCUGCUCCAGCCUCUCACCACAUGGACAGUGGGGUGACAGCUUGGGAACAACGGCUGCCACAGCCCCAAGCUGUGCCCAGCUGUGUCCACCCUGCCUGGCCAGCAUGGCUGCAGACGGUGCCAUGGCCAUGGCACCCCAAUGCUGGGCCCAGCUGGCUGGGCACCCGCUGGCCUGGUUAUCCGCCUGCAUCCCCCCUGCUCCACGGCCACCCUCAUCCCUGCCACCUCCCCGGCCCUCCCUGUGACAAGGCACAUGGCUGCGUGUGCCGCUCACCACGCUGGCUCUGCGCCGGGGCAGAGCCACCCUGUUUAGCUUCGUUCAUACCUAACCAUGUACCGCAUGCAGGCAGCGGGCAGCGCAGGCACGACUCCAGGCAUCAGCAGAGCUGCUGCCAAUGGCACACUGACAGCGGCUGGUGGGGGUGCCUGCUCCUUGGGAUGAGAUGUUCCCAGAUGAGCCCCCCCCCAGGUUAUGGGGCAGUGCUGGGGCAGGCAGGAUGCUGUCACGGGGCCAGGUGUGGGCAAUGUGUCCCGCCUCUGUGCAGCCAGAGCUUGGAGCCACCCCUGGCACAUGCAGAGGGGUCCCAUGUACUGCUUGCUGCUGGGCAGGACCCUGCUUAUGGUCUCCCCUGAACCAGGGCAGGGGUCUCCAUCCUGCUCCCUCCAUGCUGGAAGGAGCUCCCAGCUUUGUGUGCCCUGCGGGGAGCCGGUCUCCCUGCCCUCACCCUCCUUGGGCCGGGUGCUGCCACAGCCCCAGCAUGGCCACAGGCCACCGACCAGGCCGCCCCGGCCAGUGUACCGUGUACGUCUCCUCGCUCCUUUGUCAGUUUGUUGUUGCACAUUCCAGGACAUCAGUAUUUUAACGUUUUCGAAGUGCCUUUCUAUCGUAGUUUCUGGGUUGUUUUUAUUUUUCUCCUAUUGGGCUCCAUCGCUGUUAGCAUAGCGUUUAAGGACUGCAGAAGUAAGAGAUAAGCUAACAACUAUAACACUAUAUUCGUCCAGGGGAGAGGAAGUUUAUUAAGAAAACAAUAAAGUGAAGUUGAAGUAA